UUCAAAAUGAAAAUGCAGCAUUCAUUUGUUACUUAGCCAAACCUAACGUUAAUUAUUUGAAAUGAUUGAGUCUGAUUUUUUUUUUUGCACCAACUUACAUUUGGUAUUGUGCGUGUGCAAUAAACAAAUUGCAUUUUUAUGUUGUAGUAACAUAUGAGGAAAACUACAGCAAUGCUUUUCAAAGUACAGUACCAAGGAAAGAAGUACAUCAAACUCAAUGGAGCAUCAUAUCCAGAAUUUCUCAGGGAGGCAGUGACACAUCUGAAAGAAUCAGCCUUGAAAGUUUUAAAAAUGCUUGAUUUUAAUUGAAUUCUUCAGGACGUCAUAUGUAAUAUGACGUAUGGACGUGCUCCCCCUAUGGAGAAAAGAGCACAGUAUGCAUUGGGGAUAGUAACACUGUUCCCCUCUCUAAAAGAUCCCUACUCCAAAAAAGGCUAUGAACACUUUUUUGACAUAGACAGCAAUGAGGGCUACAUUGCCUGGAAGAUUAAAAACACACAGCGAGAACUCCGCAAUGGAGGUACCAGUGGGGGUAGGAGAAGGAGCUCUCACACUACGAACAACAGCAGACCAAACUUAGAGAGAGAAGUGACUAAAGUGCAGCAGUUGGAGUGAGACCAGUGUCGUGAGGCCAUAUCUCUACUGAAACACACCACAGACAACGAACAGAUCUUCUUGAAAAUGAGAGAAACCUUCCAACACAGACAAAAGUUGAUCCAUGAUCCUGAGCAAUGCAGCACAGUGCUUACUGUGUUCCCAAGGUUCCUUGACACAAAAGGCCUGGUGGUGCAAGACUUUGAUCCGUUGUUUGGAGCUGAGACCUCAUCAAAACUCCUUGAGAAAUGGGAUUUCCUGAAGGGCAAAGUAAUAGAGCAAGCCAAGGACCUCAGCAAGACACCCCUGCUUGAUCACCUCAUCCAGUCUGCAGAGGAGAACACUGAGGAUGACGAGGUCCCAGGUUGGGAUAGUGACAUGGCCUCACUGCUACUGCUGGUCUACCUCCUGCCACCACCUCCAAGUGGGAAAAAGGGAGCUGUGAAGAUCAGUACCCGGGAAGCUGUGGACCAUGUUGUCAAGUUUCAUAAGUCAUGUCGCAGCCUUCAGGAGCACUCUGGUCCAAACCAGCGGAGGCAGCCCUACAUCCUGGCAGUUGGGACAUCAAGAAAGCACAUCCACGAGUACUACAUUGCAUUGGAUGGUGAUCUCCUUCCCUGCAAGGGCAAGUCUUCCCUGUCAGCCUUUGAACUUCUCAAAGCACAUUAUGUUUUCGGCAUCUCCUAUGACCAGGCCUUAAAUGGCAUGUACACAUUUGUACAGACCACCAUCUACAACAUCAAUGUAGGUCAUUCUCACGAAACUCCCAGAGUCAAGGACCUAAGAGCUAAGCUCCUCAAUUAAAGAGUUAUCAUGUUUAGAUGCUUUGUUUGCAAGUCUAGUUUUGUUACUAUUCAAAAUGACCUCUUACUGGAGUAAAUUUUCACUACAAUUAUUGAAUAAAGCAGACAUAAAAAGCACUAAUUUGGAGUAUUUUUCUCUCACUAAGAGUAAAAAAAAAAAGCCAUUUGAUCCGCAAACUACUUAUGGUUUUGACAGAUGACCAAUAUGUGGUUCCUGUACAUUUGUUUGUAUGAGGUGUGGUUUUUGAACAUCCGUGAACAUUGUUUUUCACAAUAGUCAUUUUGUGUCAAAUAUUGUUGAAUAUAAAACAUGUUUUCAAGAUUUGAAAUGUACACUGAAGUUUGAAAGUGUUAAAACUGUGACACAAAUGACCUGUGGAGUACAUUUUCACUCCAAUUGUUAAAUAAAAUACAUAAAAAGCA